AUGGACCUGGCACCUACUGCUGCCACCUGGGUGGCCCUACCCAGCCACACCUGCGCAGGGCCCAGAGAGAGAGUACACCCAUGGCCCCAGAUGCCUGGACAUAUUAAAUUGGCUAAAUUUGGACUUUAUCACAUGACAGCUCAUGGUGAUGAUGUCGAUUUCCCUAUAGGGUAUCCAUCAUACUUGGCACCUGAGGUCAUCGCACAGGGAAUUUUCAAAACCACUGAUCACCUGCCAAGUGAAAAACCAUUGCCUUCUGGCCCAAAAUCAGAUGUAUGGUCUCUUGGAAUUAUUUUAUUUGAGCUUUGUGUGGGAAGAAAAUUAUUUCAGAGCUUGGAUAUUUCUGAAAGGCUAAAAUUUGUGCUUACUUUGGACUGUGUAGACGACACUGUAAUUGUUCUGGCUGAAGAGCAUGGUUGUCUGGACAUUAUAAAGGAGCUUCCUGAAAAUGUGAUAGAUCUUUUGAAGAAGUGCCUCACCUUCCAUCCUUCUAAGAGGCCAACCCCAGACGAAUUGAUCAAGGACAACGUGUUCAGUGAAGUGUCACCUUUAUACACCCCCUUUACCAAACCUGCCAGUCUGUUUUCAUCUUCUCUGAGAUGUGCUGAGUUAACUCUGCCUGAGGAUAUCAGUCAGCUGUGUAAAGAUAUAAACGGUGAUUACCUGGCAGAAAGAUCUAUUGAAGAAGUUUAUUACCUUUGGUGUUUGGCUGGAGGAGACUUGGAGAAAGAGCUUGUCAACAAGGAAAUCAUUCGAUCUAAGCCACCUAUCUGCACACUCCCCAAUUUUCUCUUUGAAGAUGGUGAAAGCUUUGGGCAAGGUCGAGACAGAAGCUCACUUUUAGAUGACACCACUGUGACAUUGUCAUUGUGUCAGCUGAGAAAUAGAUUGAAGGAUGUUGGUGGGGAAGCAUUUUACCCAUUACUUGAAGAUGACCAGUCUAAUUUACCUCAUUCAAACAGCAAUAAUGAGCUGUCUGCUGCUGCCACUCUCCCUUUAAUCAUCAGAGAGAGGGACACAGAGUACCAACUCAACAGAAUUAUUCUCUUUGACAGGCUGCUGAAGGCUUAUCCGUAUAAAAAAAAUCAAAUCUGGAAAGAAGCAAGAAUUGACAUUCCCCCUCUUAUGAGAGGUUUAACCUGGGCUGCUCUUCUGGGAGUUGAGGGGGCUAUUCAUGCCAAGUAUGAAGCAAUUGAUAAAGACACUCCAAUUCCUACGGAUAGACAGAUUGAGGUGGAUAUUCCUCGCUGUCAUCAAUAUGAUGAACUGUUGUCAUCGCCAGAAGGUCAUGCAAAAUUUAGGCGUGUAUUAAAAGCCUGGGUGGUGUCUCAUCCUGAUCUCGUGUAUUGGCAAGGUCUUGACUCACUUUGUGCUCCAUUUCUGUAUCUAAAUUUCAAUAAUGAAGCCCUGGCUUAUGCAUGUAUGUCUGCUUUUAUUCCCAAAUACCUGUAUAACUUCUUCUUAAAAGACAACUCACGUGUAAUACAAGAGUAUCUGACGGUGUUCUCUCAGAUGAUUGCGUUCCAUGAUCCAGAGCUGAGUAAUCAUCUCAACGAUAUUGGCUUUAUUCCAGAUCUCUAUGCCAUCCCUUGGUUUCUCACCAUGUUUACUCAUGUAUUUCCACUGCACAAGAUUUUCCACCUCUGGGAUACCUUGCUGCUUGGGAAUUCCUCUUUCCCAUUUUGUAUUGGAGUAGCGAUUCUCCAGCAGCUGCGGGACCGGCUUUUGGCUAAUGGCUUUAAUGAGUGCAUUCUUCUCUUCUCUGAUUUACCAGAAAUUGACAUUGAGCGCUGUGUACGAGAAUCGAUCAACCUGUUUUGUUGGACUCCUAAAAGUGCGACUUACAGACAGCACGCUCAGCCUCCAAAGCCAGCUCCCGACAGCAGUGGAGUCAGAAGUUCGCCGUAUUUCUCCUCCGAGUGCCCAGAUCCUCCAAAGACAGAUCUGUCCAGAGAAUCCAUCCCAUUAAAUGACCUAAAGUCGGAAGCAUCACCCCGGAUCUCUGCGGAGGACCUGCUCGAGCUGUGUGAGCUCACUGUGACAGGCCACUUCAAAACGCCCACCAAGAAAACAAAGUCCAGCAAACCAAAGCUUCUGCUGGUUGACAUUCGGAAUAGCGAAGAUUUUAUUCGGGGUCACAUCUCAGGCAGCAUCAACAUUCCGUUCAGCGCGGCGUUCACCGCAGAAGGGGAGCUUGCCCAGGGCCCUUGCUCUGCCGUGCUCCAGAACUUCAGAGGGAAGGUCAUUGUCAUCGUGGGGCACGUGGCGAAGCACACCGCUGAGUUUGCAGCCCACCUUGUGAAAAUGAAAUACCCAAGAAUCUGCAUUCUAGAUGGCGGCAUUAAUAAGAUCAAGCCAACGGGCCUCCUCACCGUCCCGUCUCCUCAGAUAUGAAGAGCCAGGAGUGUGCCAGCCGCAGGAAGGACAGGGUGGCCCCGGCACCGACAGCCCGGGUCCUCGCGGCCCUGCCACUGCAGGACAGAGCCAGGCGUCCUUAAACCUUGUCUCGAGACAUCUUUGUAAAUCUCACAACUCUCAAACGUUCAGCUGUCCAGGCAAGAAACUUGACUAUACAUGUAUUGCUGAAAGAAUUUUCUUAAUGGUGAAACCUGAUCGUGUAUUUUUACCACACUGCCACACAAAGCCACAAGAAUUCAGCUGACGAAGCACAUUGAGCAUUAUCAAGAAAUCCCAGUUGCUGUGGAAAGCUGUCCCCCACUGCACUGCCCAGACAGUGGUAUUGUGUAGAAAGAGAGACUGAAUGUGGGCCGAAAUCGUCAUCUUUCCGUGAUAAAAACUGAAAAGCUAUUUACGAUACAUUCCCUGUAAAUAAGUGCUACAUUUGGUAACUCGCUUUACCCA